AGAGAGGGGAUCGGCUUAGCGUGUGCAUAUCAAUGAGGGUAUUAGCUGAGUGUAGGGUCAACGCGGGAGCAAGCGACCCCCCCCCCUCCCCUACCAAAAUAAGACAGGGGGGGCUUUUCCUUCAAACAACAACCUCGGGUGUGUUUAGGAAUCGUGCAGUGAAAUCGCGUGUGUGUGUUUGCCCUUGGAAUUGAGUUCUGCUCUGACGCAAUGGAUGGAAGUACGCUGGGAACUGAAAUGAAUAAAUAACAGACGGUCUUGUCACCUCUGUGUGCUGUUGAUGUGCUGUUGGCAGGAAUGUGAAAUUGUCCCUCAGAAGAUUUAGAUUUUUGCUGGAAACUGGAGAGAGAAAACAACGGCAAUUGAAAACCAGUCGUGUUCUUUUUUUUUCGACUUGGUUGUGGAAUUAUUAUUGUUAUUAUUUUAUUAUAACAGUACUUGAACAAACACGUUGUUGAGAGACUACAGCUGCUGCUACACCUACUCCUGCUUUACAUUGUUCUGGGGAUUUCUGCACCCAUUGGAUUAUUGUGGCAUUUCCUGCUGGGAACCCCAAAGAGAGGAGAGGAGAGGAGGUAGUUUGCACCCUUGUCAGAGCGUCCGGGGGGUGGGUGGAAGUGGUCCCCUGGGGGCUGUUUGUAACACCUGUGCUAUGGUGAACUGCUUCCCGCCGGGCUGCUUGUCUUCACGUUGCGCGGAACUCACCGGCCAGCACCAGGAUAAGGGAUAACCAGGGCGGCUGGCUGGCUGGGGGGGAAAUCUCUCUCUCUCUCUCUCUCUGUCUCUCUCUCUUCUCUCUCUGAAUGGAUUAUUCUGCGGCCGCGGUUCAGCCAUGGUAAAGCUAGCGAACCCGCAGUACACGGAGUGGAUCCUGGAGGCGAUCAAGAAGGUGAAGAAGCAGAAGCAGCGGCCCUCGGAGGAGCGCAUCUGCAAUGCAGUGUCCAUGUCCCAUGGCCUGGACCGCCGCACCGCCCUGCAGCAGCUGGAGCUCAGUGUCCAGGACGGCACCGUCCUGAAAGUGUCCAACAAGGGCCUCAACUCAUACAAGGACCCCGAUAACCCCGGCCGGCUGGCCUUCCCCAAGCCCCGGGGGCAACCAGCCCAGCCGGCCGAGCACCAGCAGCAGGCCCUGGACUGGAACAAGCUGCUGAAGCAUGCCCUGGAGGAGCUGGACGAGCCGAGGGGCUCCUCCCUAAAGAGCAUCGAGCGCUUCCUCAAGGGGCAGGAGGAUGGGGCGGCCUGGCUGGGAGAAGGAGGAGGGGCCCUCGCGUUCCACCAGCAGCUGCGCCUGGCCGCCAAGCGCGCCGUCGGGCACGGCCGCCUGGUCAAGGAGGGGCCGCUGUACCGGCUGUGCGGCCGGGCACAGUCCCUGGCCUGCCUGCCCCCCGUCCGGCUGCUGCAGCAUGAGAAGGACAAGCCGGUUGCCGAGCCCAUUCCCAUCUGCAGCUUCUGUCUCGGGACAAAGGAGCAGAACCGGGACAAGAACCCAGAGGAGCUCAUCUCCUGCGCAGACUGCGGCAACAGUGGUCACCCGUCAUGUUUGAAGUUCUCUGCAGAGCUGACGGUUCGAGUGAAAGCCUUGCAGUGGCAGUGCAUAGAGUGCAAGACGUGUAGUUCUUGUCAAGACCAGGGGAAGAAUGCGGAUAACAUGCUAUUCUGUGACUCGUGUGACCGUGGGUUUCACAUGGAGUGCUGCGACCCUCCACUCACACGGAUGCCCAAAGGAAUGUGGAUCUGUCAGAUCUGUCGGCCUCGGAAAAAGGGAAGAAAGCUCUUACACAAAAAAGCAGCGCAGAUCAAACGGCGCUACACCGCGCCCCUCGGCCAUCCCAAGAACAGAUCGAAAGGCCCCUUUAAGAAGCUGCGUGGCAGGCCGGGCCUAGGGCGGGGGCGGAGGCGCAAGCUCUCCAAACUGUCCCGCGGCUUCUCGUCACCCCCUUCCUCCCCCUGCUCCUCCUCCUCCUCCUCAGGCGGUUACCCUGGCGACAACCACCUGCUGUUCGACUUCGGGGAUGGGGCGGGAAUCCGGCUCAACAAAAAAACCAAAGGGCUCAUCGACGGCCUGACCAAAUUCUUCACCCCCUCUGCGGAAGGGCGCAAAGCCCGGGGUGAGGUGGUGGACUACUCGGAGCAAUACAGGAUCCGGAAGAAAGGGGAGCGCAAAUCCAGCACUUCAGACUGGCCAGGAGACAAUCAGGACUCGUGGGAUGACAGGCGGGAUGGUGAAGACAGGUUGCUGGGGAGCCAGGAGAUCAUGUCAGAGAAAGACAUCGAACUGUUCAGGCACAUUCAGGAGCUAGCACUACAGAAAGUCGGGGUGACCGGACCCCCAGAUCCACAGGUGCGCUGUCCUUCAGUCAUCGAGUUUGGGAAGUAUGAGAUCCAGACGUGGUACUCUUCACCAUACCCACAGGAAUACAGCAGACUGCCCAAGCUGUACCUGUGUGAGUUCUGUCUCCGAUACAUGAAGAGCAGAAGCAUCCUCUACCAGCACAUGAGGAAGUGUGGCUGGUUCCACCCGCCUGCCAAUGAGAUCUAUAGGCAUGGCAGCGUCUCUGUGUUCGAGGUGGACGGGAACGUCAGUACAAUCUACUGCCAGAACCUCUGCCUGCUCGCCAAGCUCUUCCUGGACCACAAGACGCUUUACUACGACGUGGAGCCAUUCCUUUUCUAUGUGCUGACGCAGAAUGAUGCCAAGGGGUGCCACCUGGUCGGGUAUUUCUCUAAGGAGAAGCAUUGUCAGCAGAAGUACAACGUGUCCUGCAUCAUGAUUCUUCCACAGUAUCAGCGCAAGGGCUACGGACGGUUCCUCAUUGACUUCAGCUACCUGCUGUCGAAGUGCGAGGGCCGGGCUGGCUCCCCGGAGAAGCCUCUGUCAGACCUGGGCCGCCUCUCCUACAUGGCGUACUGGAAGAGUGUCCUUCUGGAGUGCCUUCACCACUGCCACGACAAGCAGCUGACCAUCAAGAAGCUGAGCAAGCUGACGGGGAUCUGCCCCCAGGACAUCACUGCCACGCUGCAGCAGCUGGGCAUGCUGGAGCCACGCGGGGGCCGGGUCGUGCUGCUCCGCAGAGAGAAGAUGAUCCUCGAGCACAUGGCCAGGCUGCGAGCUCGGCCUAGGCACAUCGAGCUGCACCCCGAGAGUCUGCACUGGACCCCCGUCACCAUCUCCAACACUGUGCUGUCCGAGGAGGAGGAGGAGGAGCAGGGGGGAGGAGAUCCCAGCAAGGAGAACAAGCAGACUGUAGCUCCUUUACUGAACUCCUGGGAGAAGGAGGAAGAGGGUGGCAAGCGGUUCUCCAUGUUAUCCAACAGCAAGACCUCGUCCACGACCUCCUCCGGCCAACCCAGCUCUGCGGCCAGCCGUCUUCUCACAGCUGACCGGGCACCACUGCACCCUCCCACCACCAACGGAGAGACCCGGCGCGGCAGGAUGGGCAAGAGGAAGCGGGGACGCCUCUGGCUGAAAGGAAAGGCAGAGGCAGGAGCAGAGGAGUCCCAGGGAGAGGAUGGGGAGGGGGAGGAGACCCCCCCCACGCUGCAUGCAGUGGACAGAAAGCCAUCUCUCCCCAAGAGGAGGCUGGGAGAAACAGGGGAGCCUGCGAGGAGGGGCCGGCUGGGCCAGAAGGGGGCUUUGAAGCGACGGCUCAGUGAGGGGGGGCCCCGGAGGCAGGUGGGCAGGCCUCCGCAGAGGAGGCUGAGUGAGGGAGCCGCGGAGCCCCAGAGGAGCAGGUGCUUCAGCGAGAGCAGCGAGGAGGAGGAGGAGGAGGAGGAGGAGGGGGCCAGCUCUCCGCCCGCACUCUCCAAACCCACACUCAAGUGCAAGAAGCCUCUCAGGAAGCGGCGAGUGCGGAGACGCAGUCACCCCCACAGCAGCGUUGUCACAGAGACCAUCUCGGAGACCACCGAGGUGCUGGACGAGCCCUUCGUGGACUCGGACUCGGAGAGGUCCAUGCCACGGCUGGAGCCCACUUUGGAGAGCUCCUUCACACGGGGGUACCGCCGCUGCCUGCCCGCCCGAGCCGCUCUCCGACAGACACAGUCCGGCAAGAGGAAGCAGCGGGAGUGCGAGGGAGAGUCCGAAGAGGAAGACACUCCGGUCCUGAAGCCCGUCUGGACUCUGCGCAAACCGGACCCGGACGGGGAGAGUUCGGAUCUGCAGCCUGCGACGCCGGUGAAGAAGAAGAAGAAAGGCUGGCCCAAGGGCAAGAGCCGCAAGCCCCUGCACUGGAAGAGGAGACCUGGAGCAGCUGAGGAGGAGGACCGGAGCCCCAAGACAGAGGAGCCACCAGCCCGGCCCAAGAUGAAGCCUGGGAGGAAGCCGCGCAGCUACUACCUGCAGAGAGAGGCAGAGGCACAGGCCGCAGAGCAGAGGGAGUGCGGGGAGAUCCACAAAAGACGAACGCAGCAGCAGCAGCUAGAAGAGGCAAACAAGAAAACAGAGGAGGAGGAGGAGGGGGGGGAUAAAGUGAACGGCGUUUCCAAGACACUUGUGGCUCCGGGGGGCUCCGGGAGCCCUGCGGUCGAACCGAAAGACACGGGAAUGGAAGAGGAACAAGAAGAGGAGGAGGAGAAGGAGGAGGAGGAGAAGCGACAGCAGCAGCCCCCUUCUCUCCCUCUCCCUCUCCCUCUCGCCCUCCCCCUCCCCAAGUCCCCGAAAGGUAGGCGAGGGAGGCCGGAGGAAGAGGAGCUGGAGGAAGAGGAGAGGGAGGAGGUGGCUGGGGGCAACCCCAGCGACGACCACGACGCAGAUGAUGAAGACGACGGUCCCCUGGAGACGAAGAAUCCAAUGGCAACGGGAACGAGCGCGGAGCGGGAGAGGGAGGCUGCCAAGAGAGAGCCAGCAGGAGGGCAACAGGAGACUGCUUCUACUACUUUAGACACCAGCGCAGAAGAGAACAACCACGAAGAGGAGGAGGAGGAGGAGGAGGAGGAGGAGGGGAUCAAAAACAUCGUGGACUCUGAGGAAGAGCAGGUUCCCAACGAAACGCACUUGGAGCAGAUUCACGUUCCGGAGGAGGAGAGGGGAGGAGACGGGGUGAAGGAAAGCAGCAGCAGCCUGAUGGAGCCAGAACUGCAGCAGCAGCAGCAAGAGGAGCAGGAAGAGAUGAAUCAACACCACCACCAUCUGAAUCACCUCCCACACCACCCCCAGCACCAGCACCACAGCAGCGAACUGGACCUGGAGACGGUGCAGGCUGUGCAGUCCCUGACCCAGGAGCAUGAAGGGGGGGCCUACCAGGACUGCGAGGAGACGCUGGCAGCCUGCCAAACCCUGCAGAGCUACAACCAGGUGGAAGAAGAGGAGGAGGAGGAGGAGGGGGACCGCUCCCUGUCUCUGGGGGAGGACUGCAGCCACGCCAGCCCCAUCUCCACAGGGCACCCCCACCCCAGCCAGUCUGUGCGCUCGACCAGCAGCCCCAGCAUGCCCCCAGGCCUGGAGGCAGGGGCAGGAGGAGGGGGUGGAGGCUACACCCAGAUCAGCCCCGAGCAGGGUUCCCUCUCGGCUCCCUCCCUGCAGAACAUGGAGACCAGCCCCAUGAUGGAUGUGCCCUCGGUGCCUGAUCACUCGCAGCAGGUGGUGGACAGCGGCUUCAGCGACCUGGGCAGCAUCGAGAGCACCACGGAGAACUAUGAGAACCCGAGCAGCUACGACUCCAGCAUGGGGGGUAGCAGCAGCAGCAGCGCCGGCAGCAGCAGCAGCAACAACAUCAACCACCACCAGGCCAACCAGCAGGCCAACAGCUGCUCAUUCGGAGCCGGUGAUGGGGCGAGGGGAGGCUUGACGUCUUCUGGGGGGGUUCUGUCCCAAAGCAGUAGCGGCAGCAGCAGCAGCAAUAAUAACAACAGCAGCAGCAGCAGCAGCAGCAGCAACUCUGGCAGUAGCUGUGUGAUCACCCAGAUGACCGGGAUGAACAGCAGUUGUAGUUUAAUGCAGCCUCAGCCUCCUCCGCCUCCUCCCCCUCUCCCACCACCACCUCCUCCUCAGCCUUCUUCAAAUCUUCAAAUCAAAUCUCCGCAGAGCUGUGUGAUCGAGAGGCCCCCGAGCAGCAACCAGCAACCCCAGAAGAAGCAGCAGCAGCAGACGCCCCCUCCCCCUCCUCAUCCCCGCGCUCCCCAGCAGCAGCAGCAGCAGCCGCCCCUGUCCCAGUGCAGCAUGGGCAACAGCUUCACCUCCACCCCCAUGAUCAUGGAGAUCCCUGAAUCGGGCAGCUCGGGCGCCCUGAGCCUGUACGAGAGGAUGGGGCAGGACUUUGGGGCGGGCGGCUACUCCUCCCAACCCUCAGCCACCUUCAGUCUAGCCAAGCUGCAGCAGCUCACCAACACCAUCAUGGAUCCGCACGCCAUGACCUACAGCCACCCGGCUGUCUCCUACGCCACUAGUGUCUCCCUGUCCAAUCCAGCCGGCCUGGCCCAGCUCGCCCCCUCCCCGCACCCCCAGGCACAGGCCACCAUGACCCCACCCCCCAGCCUGGGCUCCCCGUUGCUGCAGUGCAACAUGCCCGGGGCCAGCCUGGGCAUCCCGCACACGCAGCGCUUGCAGGGCCAGAUGGCGGUCAAGGGCCACAUCUCUAUCCGCUCCAAGUCGGCCCCGCUGCCCUCAGGGCCCUCCCCACACCAGCAACAGCAGCAGCAACAGCAGCAGCAGCAGCAGCUGUACGGCCGGGGGGGGCCCAUGCAGGGGGGUCCACGGACACUGACGGUGCAGAGGGGCAUGAUGCCCAACCUGAUGCCCAGCCAGGCCUACAACGUGAACUCCAUGAACAUGAACACGCUCAACGCCAUGCAGGCCAGCUAUCGCAUGGGCCAGCCCAUGAUGAACAGCAGCUACCACGCCAACCCGGCCUACAUGAACCAGCCCGCGCAGUACCCCAUGCAGAUGCAGAUGGGCAUGAUGGGGGGGCAGGGCUACCCACAGCAGCCUAUGCAGCCGAAUCACCAUGGCAACAUGAUGUACACAGGGCCCUCUCAUCACAGCUACAUGAACGCAGGGGUCCCCAAGCAGUCGCCUUACAUGAGCAGAUGAGCCAGCGAAUUGGGAGGGAGGGGCUGAAACUAAUUGUUAAUAAGGCGGUGGGGGGGUGGGGACUGUAACGAGAGAAAUAAACGGGCUUGACGUUCCUCCAGUGGCAAAAAUACAAAAGGAAAGAAAUGAAGGACCUAUUUUUCGAAGGCCACUCCCUGUGCCUGGUGGCAAGUUGGCUUGUGCUCUUUGUGUCUCUCUCUUCUCUGGAAAAGCCUGGUCUUUUUUACUGAAGCGUGUUAAUUAAGAAAGAGGGGGAGAGAUGAUGUGAGGGUGGGGAGGAAACAAAUAAACAAACCAUCCAUACAAGCGAUGGUUUAGAAGACUUAAGAACCCAGCACACAGUCUUUACAUUGAAAUAGGAAGCCUUACCUACAGAAAAAAAAAAAACUUAAAUGUAGAAAUGUAAAAUCUGCUUUUUUUUUUAAGAAAUAUUUUACAUUUGUU